UCUGCCACUCUGCGGUCAACAUUAGUAUCAACCAUUCAAAUUGCCGGGUCGUAUCCCUAUUGAAAAAACCCCUUUGCAUCAACACUUUUUACUUAAUCACAGCUAGAAGAGACAAAUAAGAAUAAAACACAAAACAAGACGUUCUCCACGUUUCUAGACCUGCGUAGUAACAUUGGAGUCGUAUUCAACGAACAUCCCUGUUACUGGUAAAGCCCAAGAUUUUUGGCCACUCUGUAGUUGCAUUCUUUGACCGGAGCAGCCUCACACGCCACCGCUUCUCUGCAGAGAUGCACCCUCCAUGCACUUGAGAUUUUGGGGUGCUUUGUACCCUUUACGAUAUUGUUGAGACUCAGCAAGGACUUGUUAAUCCAAGUCAGUCAGGCCCAGCUUUCUUUAUUUCACCUAGCUGUUUCAGUGGGCUUAAGAUUUGAACUAAGAUGGCAGGGACACAAGUGCAGUUUUCAGCUCCUCCUUAUAGAAUAAUCAGUACAAGUCAGGGUAAAAUGCAGAACUCUAGAAGAACAAAACAAGCUCCAAAGAUGAUGUGCAACAUCCAGUCACAUUCCUUUAGAAUUAGAAAUUACAUUGGCUUGUGCCAUGCAACAGACCGAGGUAAGGUGGCAAGUCCUACAACAAACUUUUAUGCAGCAGGAGCAGUCUCUAGUCUGGCAAGGAAAGCUAGAAAAUCCAGGAAAAGGGUGGUUACUUGUAUGUUUGAGCGGUUUACAGAGAAGGCUAUUAAGGUCAUUAUGCUUUCUCAGGAGGAAGCACGACGACUUGGGCACAACUUUGUAGGUACAGAACAGAUUUUGUUGGGUCUCAUAGGUGAAGGGACUGGUAUUGCUGCAAAAGUCCUGAAAUCCAUGGGAGUCAAUUUAAAGGAGGCUCGUGUAGAGGUUGAAAAAAUCAUUGGCAGAGGCAGUGGGUUUGUUGCUGUGGAGAUUCCAUUCACUCCAAGAGCGAAGCGUGUUAUAGAACUUGCACUUGAGGAAGCACGUCAACUUGGACAUAACUACAUAGGAUCUGAACACUUGCUUUUAGGGUUGUUGCGUGAGGGUGAAGGUGUCGCAGCUCGUGUUCUUGAAAAACUUGGAGUUGAUCCUGGAAAUAUUCGAACCCAAGUAAUUCGUAUGGUUGGUGAAAGUUCAGAAGCUGUUGGUGCUGGAGUAGGAGGUGGUACCAGUAGCAACAAGAUGCCAACUCUUGAGGAAUAUGGAACCAAUUUGACAAAACUUGCUGAGGAGGGCAAGCUUGAUCCUGUAGUUGGAAGGCAGCCACAAAUUGAACGAGUUACUCAAAUAUUGGGACGUCGCACAAAGAACAAUCCUUGCCUUAUUGGUGAGCCUGGUGUAGGAAAAACAGCUAUUGCCGAGGGACUUGCACAGCGAAUAGCUUCUGGAGAUGUUCCAGAAACAAUUGAAGGGAAAAAGGUUAUUACUUUAGAUAUGGGGCUACUGGUUGCUGGAACUAAGUAUCGUGGAGAGUUUGAGGAAAGGUUAAAGAAGCUAAUGGAUGAAAUCAAACAGAGUGAUGAAAUUAUACUCUUUAUAGAUGAAGUCCAUACUUUAAUUGGAGCAGGUGCGGCAGAAGGAGCAAUUGAUGCAGCCAAUAUCCUAAAACCAGCUCUUGCGCGAGGAGAAUUACAGUGCAUUGGGGCCACCACCUUGGACGAAUAUAGAAAACACAUAGAAAAGGACCCUGCAUUAGAGAGGAGAUUCCAGCCUGUACAAGUGCCAGAGCCAACUGUGGAUGAUGCAAUAGAGAUAUUGAAAGGCCUGCGAGAACGAUAUGAGAUCUUUCACAAGCUUCGUUACACUGAUGAGGCUUUGGAGGCUGCUGCGAAGUUAUCACAUCAAUACAUCAGUGAUCGAUUCCUCCCUGACAAAGCAAUUGAUCUAAUUGAUGAGGCUGGUUCUCGUGUGCACCUUCGCCAUUCACAGCUUCCUGAAGAAGCGAAAGAGCUUGAGAGAGAAGUGAGGCAGAUUACAAAAGAGAAGAAUGAAGCUGUUCGAGGCCAAGAUUUUGAAAAGGCUGGAGAGCUACGUGAUCGUGAGAUGGAAUUGAAGGCACAAAUCACAGCUAUAUCACAGAAAGGGAAAGAGAAAUCGAAGGCUGAGCAUGAAGCAGGAGAUGGAGGUGUAGUUGUAACUGAGGUGGAUAUCCAGCAAAUUGUAUCCUUAUGGACAGGCAUUCCAGUUGAAAAGGUAUCAUCUGACGAGUCUGACAAACUCUUGAAGAUGGAAGAUACACUCCAUCAACGCAUCAUUGGGCAAGAUGAAGCUGUCAAAGCUAUCAGUCGAGCCAUUCGCCGUGCAAGAGUUGGUUUGAAGAAUCCGAAUAGGCCAAUUGCAAGCUUUAUUUUCUCAGGUCCUACAGGUGUUGGCAAGUCCGAGCUUGCCAAGGCAUUGGCAGCAUACUAUUUUGGUUCUGAGGAGGCAAUGAUAAGGCUGGAUAUGAGUGAAUACAUGGAAAGGCACACUGUUUCCAAGCUAAUUGGUUCACCCCCAGGAUAUGUGGGAUACACUGAAGGAGGCCAGUUAACUGAAGCUGUUAGGCGACGCCCUUAUAGUGUUGUCCUCUUUGAUGAAAUUGAGAAGGCUCAUCCUGAUGUAUUCAAUAUGAUGCUUCAAAUCCUUGAAGACGGAAGACUGACAGAUAGCAAAGGUAGGACUGUGGACUUUAAGAAUACCCUUUUGAUCAUGACUUCUAAUGUUGGUAGUAGUGUGAUUGAGAAGGGAGGUCGUAGAUCUGGGUUCCUUUUUCAAUUUGAAGAAGAUGAAGAAGAUAACAGCUACACUAGAAUCAAAAGCCUUGUUUUGGAAGAGCUGAAGGCAUAUUUUCGCCCUGAGUUCUUGAAUCGACUAGAUGAGACAAUUGUUUUUAGACAGCUCACCAAGUCAGAGGUGAAAGACAUUGCAGCUAUAAUGCUGAAGGAAGUCUUUGAACGCCUUAAAAUCAAAGAAAUUGAUCUUCAAGUUACAGAUCGCUUCAGAGACAGAGUUGUAGAUGAAGGUUAUAGUCCCACCUAUGGUGCAAGAUCACUACGCAGGGCAAUUAUGAGGUUGUUAGAGGAUAGUAUGGCUGAAAAGAUGCUUUCUGGUGAGAUCAAAGAGGGUGAUUCAGCUAUAGUCGAUGUAAAUGAGGAAGGUAAUGUGACUGUCUUGAAUGGACAGAGGGACACUAUAGCUCCAACGGCAGCAGCAGCUGUCUAGGAAAAGGCAUCAUACAUUUGAAUAUUUAGGCUGAGGAUUGGUGAAAAAAGUUGAAUUCAUUUAAAUAUGAUUAGCCCUUCCACGUCAGAAUGUUAGAUGUGCAACUAAUGGGCUGACAAUUGGACAGGACCUGUAUGGUCUGAAGCUUAAAGGUGGAUAUUAAGUUCUUCUAGAUUUUAUGUAUAGUAUUGCUUGCCCUGGGUACCCAUUCUUGUCCCAGUUAUGUCUGGUAGAUAUCUUAGUUUGCUGCAGGGGACUAAAUUGACCAUGGUUGGUGUCAUUCAUAUACUAGCUAGCCUUUCUGGAAGUGAAAUAGUAGUUUAUGUUAUAUGACAGCUGUGUUUCUAACAGAGCAACUCAUACGUGAAUUGCAUGCUUAUGUGGUUUUGUUACCUGCAAAGAUGAAAUCCUUGUAUUAUGAUCUGUACUAUGGUGAAAUAUUCUAAAUCAGAGGCUAACGGGUUUAAUUGUUA